AUGAGGUUUAAACAGAUACAGGAAAAAUGUGACUUUAAAGAAAAUAGACAACAAAUUACUUUUGAGUCCAAACUAACUGGUUAAAUUAUAAAAGUUUGUAUUCUUUACAUGCAAAUUCAGAUCUUGAUACUAUCAAACAAGUGUUGACAGAUUUGAAAACUAACAUGUAAUUAAAUAUAGAAGCUUUAGAUGCACAGCUCGGGAAUUGCAUAAGAAAAAUGAGCAAUCCUUAGGUUUUUCAGAAUCGGAGUAAAGAAGUGAAUGUGUAAAGAAAGACAAAGAUGUUUAAAGCAAAAAAAAAAGGGACACACUUAUAUAUCUAUAUAUUAAAUAAAUUAAAUAAUUAUAAAGUUUAUCAAAAUAACUAAUGAUUUAGUAGCUUGGAUGUAAAAAAGAUAAAGAUUGAAUUCUUAAAGAUUAGGUGUAUUAAAAGUUAAUAAAUUGCAUCAGCAUUAGUCAAAUUUUUGAGAGAAUAAUUAGAUAAACAUCAUUCUAAUGCAACACCUGCUUAAAAAUAAGAAUUUUUAUAAAAGUACAUAACUUUGUGUAAAUAUAUUGAACAGGGAAUAAAUUUAAAUGAAUCAAGAUGGUUUUUAUUUGGUGAUGGCUAUAAUAAGGCUGAUAGUGCAGUUGUUCUUAUUUCAAGUCAAAGUAAUGAUUCUAUUAAGACAGUUAUUGUUGUUUAAAUGAUGAUGGUAAAUUCACUAAUGGAGAUUCACGAAAUUAAGGAGGAUCAUGAAAACCUAAACCAAAGCCAUAACCUAAACCUAAACCUAAACCUAAACCAAAACCAAAACCAAAACCAAAACCAUAACCUAAACCUAAACCUAAACCAUAAUCAUAAACAUAAGAAGAAAACGAUACAGAAGAAGAAGCAGAAGAUGAAGAAGUAGAUUAAAAAUAUACAGAUAAACCUACAGUAGAGGAAGAAUCUGAAGGAGAAAUAAAACAGAUGAACAACCUACUAAUAUUAAUUUAAUUAAUGUUAGAGCAAAC